CGGACGAUGUCGGGGCGGGCGGGCCCCGCGGCGCCGCCGGGGUUUGAGAAGCGGGUUCUGGUGACGGGCGGCGCCGGCUUUAUUGCUUCACAUGUAGUCGUCUCUCUUGUGAAAAACUAUCCAAACUAUCUGAUUAUAAAUCUGGAUAAGCUCGACUACUGUGCAAGCUUGAAGAAUCUUGAAACUGUCUCUGGGAAGGAAAACUACAAGUUUAUCCAGGGAGAUAUUUGUGAACCUGAUUUUAUAAAGCAACUCUUUGAAACUGAGAAAAUAGAUAUAGUUCUUCAUUUUGCAGCCCAAACACAUGUAGAUCUUUCAUUUUGGCAUGCGCUGGAAUUCACCUAUGUGAAUGUUUACGGCACCAAUGUGCUGGUUGCUGCUGCACAUGAAGCCAAUGUGGAGAAGUUUGUCUAUGUUAGUACAGAUGAAGUAUAUGGAGGUAGCACUGAUGAGGAAUUUGAUGAAUCCUCACCAAAACGUCCAACAAAUCCCUAUGCCUCCUCUAAAGCAGCUGCAGAGUGUUUUGUUCAGUCUUACUGGGAAAGGUACCAAUUUCCAGUUGUCAUCACACGGAGCAGUAAUGUUUAUGGACCACAUCAGUAUCCAGAAAAAGUUAUUCCAAAGUUUAUAUCUUUGUUGCAACAGAAUAGAAAAUGCUGUAUUCAUGGUUCUGGACUUCAGAGAAGGAAUUUCCUUUAUGCAACUGAUGUGGUAGAAGCAUUCCUUACUGUCCUGAAAGAGGGGAAACCAGGUGAAAUUUAUAACAUUGGAACUAACUUUGAGAUGUCCAUUGCCCAGCUUGCUAAGGAGCUAAUCCAUUUAAUAAAGAAGACGAGUUCAGAGUCUGAAAUGGAGCACUGGAUGGAUUAUGUUAAAGACAGGCCUACAAAUGAUCUCCGGUAUCCAAUGAAUUCAGAAAAAAUGCACAACUUAGGAUGGAGACCUAAAGUGCCUUGGAAAGAAGGAAUAACGAAAACAAUUGAAUGGUACAGAGAAAAUUUCCACAACUGGAAAAACUCGGAGAAAGCUUUGGAGCCCUUUCCUGUAACAGACUCGUUCGCCCAGCUCAGUGGUCCAUAGUGUGGAACAGAACCUGAAGGAGUUUUUUCUACCUCAUAUGGUCUUUUCUUCAAAGCCUGCAAUCAAGUGGCCACAUUAGACUUUUAAUGUGUUCAAGAUACAUGAACCAUGAUGAGUAAAGAAACACAGUAUGGCACAACUUUGGAAUGGUUUCAGCACUUUAUAACUUGAACCUCUUAGUUUCAGCUUUCAGUGCAAUACUCUCAUCUCACUAGGUAUUGAUUUAAAAAAACCUGUACGGAUUGAAGAAUAUUUAUAAUGUUAUAAAUUAGUGUACUGAAGUAAAAUCUGCCUUAUUAAGAAUAAUUAACUGUGAUUGCAGCUUUUGGGACUUGGAGUUAAAUUUGUUUUUGUUUUGGAAUUAUUCAUCUGUAUUAGUUUGUUUUUACAGUGUAAUAUAUAUAGUUUUUUGUCACUUCAAAGAGUUGGGUUUUAUUUUUAAUCAAGGGGAGAAAUUGCAUAUUUUUUGAGUCUAUAAAUUGAUUGACAAAAGUUGAAUACAACACCUGUAUUAUUCUGUCCAUUUCUCUGUUGGUUCACUAUUAGCUUUUGUAGAUGACUGAUUAAACUUACCUACUCUGUAACUUUAAAAGCCCCUUUUUAAGGGGAACAAGGGGGUAAAUAUAUCAAGAAGUAGCAGGUGUUCUUGUUGAGAUUUCCAGAAGCAUUUCCUUAAACUUUCUCCUGUUUUUACUGUGUUACUGUCUGUUACAUGUUAAUUCCCUUUUCUGAGCUAUAAUUGUAACAAACUUGAAAUACUGGAGCACAGUUAACAUUCCAAUGACAUUAUUUCCUGUGAUACGAAGGCUACUUAUGGAGAAAAAUUUUUAAAACUCUUCUUUUUCUGUGAAUUGUGGGUUGGCAGACCUUAAUGCAGUGUUUCAUCAUUUUUUCUGUAAAAAAUAUUUUGAAGAUAAAACAAUAUUUGAGUUUUAAUACAAAAUUUGGAAAAAACUCUUUAAUUCUAGAAAUAUGUCAAUGACUUUUGUUCAAAGUUUAUUUAGUAAUAAAUAUUACGGUAUAACUGGUUUCUCUUAAUUAAGAAAAACAUGCUGAAAAAGUAGAUGGUGGGUUUUUCUAAAGAAAUAUUUCUUACCUCUUCCACUAACCUGAAAAAAUACCUUCACUUUUUUGUCUUUGAGGUGAUAUGGCAAACAUAAAAAGGGACCACUCUUCUUGGUUUUAUCAUUUCAUCUUCUGUAGUUAUCACAGCCUCUGAAUCCUCUGUGACCCCUCGGCAGAGCUGUGGGAGUCACAGGACUGGGAUGCUGUGGUGUACUCAGAAAAAGCUGUGACUUCCAAAGAGUCUCAGUAACUGGGAGCUAGCUCUUGAAACACAAGUGUUCCCAACUCUCCUACCUCUUGUGGUGCAUGGUGCUGUUGAUGAAAUGCCACUUUUGGUUGGCAAGAGUCACUCUAAAAGAAGGCUAACCAGGAAGUUUCUGUGCUUACUGCAGUGCAAGUCUUUUAAAGUCUUGGAGCCUGUUAUUGAAGGUUAGUUUUCUGUGACAAAGUGGGAUAAUAAUACUAGAAUUGUGUGGCAGUUAUAUUUUUUAGGCUUCUGAUACUUGAUUUGGAAGUAAAAGCCUCCAUUUGGGACAGAUAGAAGCUACAGGACUGCCUAUGUAAUGAUCUGUCACAUACUUGGUUAAUCUAUGGAUUUAUCAUCUAUGGAUGAAUUACUGAAAUGUCAUUGUCAAAAACAUUUUGCUGAUUACAUUCAGAUAUUUCCUUAAUUUUUAUAGUUGAAAUAUAACUUCCUUACAAUGUGCAUCAUUCCUUAGAAUAUCCAGCUUACUGUUCUGGAUUUUGCAAAAGUCAGUACCAGAAAUAGCUAAAGUGCUGGAAAGAUCUGUCUUAGCUGUAUUUGUGA